UCUAUAUAACUCGAUUGGUCUCUCAGUUAUCCCCCAUACAAAAACAACAGGAAAUACCAACAAUGUCCUCACCGUCCCUCCGUCUGCUCCACCAUCAAUUAGGGUUUCAGUGCUGUCUUUCCUCCUCCUCCUCCUCCUUCUCCGCCACGCAGAAGCUCUUCCAGUCUCUCUCCUUCGUCUCCAAUUUCCCAAAUCCAAAACCCAGAAACGUCGUCGUUUCUCAGCACCAGAAGUACAAACCGGAAGGACGACGGCCAUUCGAAGCAGUGAAGGGAAAGAAGGAAAACGUCUGGAGCGUCGACAACGAGCUCGCUGCGAAGGCCAAAGACAGAAGAAAUGAUUUGAGAAGACAGAGAGUUUUAAAGAAGAAGAAGAAGAAGAGAAGUAACGAUGGCCGAGAUGUCGUCAUGGUCUCUGGCGCCAUGCUUAUGGAGGUUGAGACCGUUCUCCAAACUCAGGAACCUGUAAUAAAACCAGCAUGGAAUACCUUUGCUAGCAGUGUUAGUGGGAUAUGGAAGGGGGUAGGAGCAGUGUUUUCACCCAUCACUGCAGAAAUGGAGCCAGUUGAAAUUGGAAACAAGAACGAAAAUCUAUAUGACUGCUACACAUGUUCCCACAUUGAAGUCGUUCCACCAUCUUCUGGAGGGAAGACAUCACAAAUACAAAGGAAGAUAAAUUGGGUGACUUUGAAUCCUUAUGGUGAGAUGCGACAACAAAGUGGAGACGACAAUAGAAUUAAAGAUGGAGAUGCAUCCCUUUCUGCGAAGGCAGUGAUUGAAGGAACUGAAAAAUAUAAGGAGUUGCCAAAAUUUGAUUCUUUUGACUUUGAGAGAAGUGAUGUAAUGGAAGAAGACAUCAUGGAAAAUGAAACCGGCCUAGUUUAUUUUGAGGAUGGAUCAUAUUCCAGGGGUCCUGUUGAUAUUCCUGUUGGUGAUAUUGAUGAUUCAAAGUAUUACGUCUCACCGACUUUCAAAUUUGAACAAUGCUUGGUCAAGGGUUGCCACAUGAGGCUACGCAUUGUUCACACUAUAGAAUUCAGUAAUGGCGGUUCAGACAUACAGAUACUGAGAGUUGCUGUUUAUGAAGAAGAGUGGAUCAGUCCGGCCAACAUUCAUCAUGAAAGUGACAUGGAGUUCAAUGCAAAACCAUUUUCUCUACACAAGCGAACCCAGCCGGCACAGCUGACAGGGUCCUGGAAGGUAUUCGAGGUAAGUGCCACACCAGUAUUUGGCGAGGACAUGGUAACGGAGGAAACCAAUGGCUCUCCUUAUGUCUAUCUUUGCACGGAGACUCUAAAGAAGAGGAGCUUGCCAGACAAUCCCAUCUACUUUGGAGAGGAAGAGAUGCUGGAUAUGCAAGAUGUCACCAUGCUUUGGCUUCCUUGUGGUGUUACUGCCUAUGUCGACGUUAAAAAGGACGGUAUCCUUUGUAUCGGAGUUGGAUGGUACUCAGAUGAAGGAAUCAACCUUGUUAUGGAGCGGGAUUAUGGAGUAGAUGGAAAGCUGAAGGAAGUUCGAUGGAAAUCGGAGCUGAAGAGAAGGUGGUCUGAUCCACUCCAUGUAUGAAUUCUUUUUGCUAAAAAUCAGUGCUAAUUUGUUGCUUUCUUGUAAGUCUUUGUACAUGAUCCUCUUAUGGACAGUCCUUAUAUAAGUCCAGAAUGACAUUAAUCCAGAUUUUUUUUCCCUCAACGAGAUUAUAGGAUUAUGCCUAUUUU